UUAUAGAAAAUCGUGUCUGCCUUUUUAAUUUUUUUUUCAUCUUUCUCUCUCACUUUGUUUGUUGUGAUUACGAAAAUAAUAAACGAGUUUUCCACCGCAACCAUCUGUCAGUUUCAACCGCCGGAGCCGCCGCAAGGAAGGCUCUUCAUCCGCCGUGGCGAUUUUUUAAAAGUGUAUAAAGCAUUGCCUUUUUUUGACAAACCAGGAAAUGGUUAAAAGACAUGGGGAGUUUUGAUUCACGAGAGGUAUCAUGUCGCAGUGCGUAGACGGUUUCAAGCAUGUGUGCUCCUCUUUUUUCCGGUGUUUUGAUAUUGAUAUAUACAAACAAUCUGGAGGCAUUGGAGACCCUGAAAUUCUUGCCAGAGAGACAGUUUUUAGCGUGAGUGAGAUAGAGGCUCUCUAUGAGCUGUUUAAGAAAAUCAGCAGUGCUGUCAUUGACGAUGGGCUAAUUAACAAGGAAGAGUUUCAGUUAGCCUUAUUCAAGACAAAUAAAAAAGAGAGCUUGUUUGCUGACCGGGUAUUCGAUUUGUUCGACACAAAGCAUAAUGGAAUACUGGGGUUCGAGGAGUUUGCUCGUGCUCUCUCUGUCUUUCAUCCAAAUGCUCCUAUAGAAGACAAGAUUGACUUUUCGUUUCAGCUGUAUGAUCUUAAGCAGCAAGGUUUUAUUGAGAGGCAGGAGGUGAAGCAAAUGGUGGUGGCUACACUUGCUGAGUCCGGCAUGAACCUGUCAGACGAAGUCAUAGAGACUAUAAUCGACCAGACAUUUGAGGAAGCUGACACAAAACACGAUGGGAGGAUCGAUAAGGAAGAGUGGAGGAUCCUUGUUCUUAGGCAUCCUUCUCUUCUAAAGAACAUGACUCUCCAGUAUCUCAAGGAUAUCACGACUACAUUUCCGAGCUUUGUGUUCCACUCCCAGGUGGAAGAUUCCUGAGAAAAAAACCAAUAGCUAGCAGAGGAGACUAUUUGGGAAUUGUGUUUGUUUUCUGAUUAUGUAUCAUGUUUAUUUGUUUGAAUCUCUUCUCAACAUUUUCAAGAUUUUGUUGUUACUUCUGUGAAAAGAAAGAAAAGAAAACUAAUC